CUCCCUCUCUCACGUCCACUCUCUUGGCGUCCUGGGAGGAGGAGAACUAGAGGAGGAGCAGAGAGAAAUCCAAAGCUUGCAAGCACAAUGAUGCAGGUGGAGGACCAACCGUCUCUGCCCCUGAUGCAGCAACCCCCACCUCCUAGUGCAAUGAUCAAUGGAGAUUCCCAAGUCAAGGAGAAUUCCCCUAAUAAUGGUGUAAUGAUUGAGGAUUCUCCAGUGAAGGAGCAUCUGUACAGAUCAAAGCUGCCGGACAUAGAUAUUCCAUACCAUCUUCCCCUGCACACCUAUUGCUUCGAGAAUUUGGAGAAAGUGAGAGACAGGCCAUGCUUGAUAGACGGAUCUUCCGGAAAAAUCUAUAGCUAUGGAGAUGUGGAUUUAAUAUCCAGAAAGAUGGCCUCGGGGCUGGCGAAAGUGGGCAUCGGAAAAGGCGACGUGGUCAUGCUCCUGCUCCACAAUUGCCCCGAAUUUGCGUUUGUAUUCCUGGGCACAACCAUCGCCGGCGGCGUGGCCACCACAGCCAAUCCUUUCUACACCCCCGCCGAUAUUGCCAAGCAACUCCGCGCCUCCAAUGCCCGAAUGGUUGUCACGCACGCUGCCUAUGUCGAAAAGCUCGCCGACUUCCUUCCCCACCUGCAAGUCCUAACGGUGGACGCCCCGCCGGAGGGGUGCGGUCACAUUUCGGCCCUGUUGGAAGGCGACGAGGACAAGUGCCCUGCCCCUUCUCUCGUGCCGGACGACGCUGUAGCCCUGCCCUAUUCCUCGGGAACCACGGGUCUCCCCAAAGGAGUUAUCUUGACGCACAAGAGCCUUCUCUCCAGCGUUGCUCAGCAGGUCGAUGGCCUCAACCCCAAUCUUUAUCUGCACUCCGACGACGUGGUGCUCUGUGUGCUCCCGCUCUUUCACAUCUACUCCCUCAAUUCUGUGUUGCUCUGUUCCUUGAGAGCCGGCGCCGCCAUUCUGCUGAUGCACAAGUUUGAGAUCGCUACGCUGCUGCACUUAAUCCACACUUACAAGGUCACCGUUGCCCCUGUGGUGCCUCCCAUUGUGCUGGCCAUUGCCAAGAACCCCAUGCUCGACCAUCACGAUCUCAGCUCCAUUAGGAUUGUGCUCUCUGGUGCAGCGCCUCUUGGGAAAGAGCUCCAACAAGCCCUCUCCACCCGCCUUCCCAACGCUACCUUUGGUCAGGGCUACGGUAUGACGGAGGCGGGCCCCGUGCUUUCAAUGUGCCUCGCAUUCGCCAAGGACCCCUUCCCUACCAACUCCGGCUCCUGUGGAACGGUUGUUCGCAACGCCCACAUGAAGAUCGUUGACCCGGACACCGGGGAAUCGCUUUCCUAUAACAAACCGGGAGAAAUUUGCAUCCGAGGCCCCCAAAUUAUGAAAGGUUAUCUCAAUGAUCCGGAGGCUACGGCAAGGACUAUUGAUAAAGAUGGGUGGUUGCAUACUGGAGAUAUUGGAUAUAUUGACGAUGACGAUGAAGUUUUCAUCGUGGACAGAGUGAAAGAACUCAUCAAAUACAAGGGAUUCCAGGUGCCUCCUGCGGAGUUGGAAUCAAUUCUUAUCACCCAUGCAUCAAUCGCAGACGCAGCAGUUGUCCCCCAAAAGGAUGAAGCCGCAGGAGAGGUUCCUGUAGCCUUCGUCGUUAGAUCCAACGGAUUUGAUCUUACAGAAGAUGAAAUCAAGCAAUUCGUGGCCAAACAGGUGGUGUUUUACAAGAGACUGCAUAAGGUGUAUUUCAUCCAUGCGAUACCCAAGUCUGCUGCCGGAAAAAUACUUAGAAAGGAUUUGAGAGCAAAGCUCGUUGCUCCUGCCCCUGCCCCUGCCCCUGCCCCUGAGGAAGGCAAAUAAACACACUGCAAAUUUGUUUUCGUGGGUUUCUCCUUUAAACAAGGAUAGAUUUAUGUUCAUCAGAGUUUUAUGUUUUAUGCAUUGUCUGUGCCCGUUUAUAUCUCAAAGGAAGGGUUUCGCCAUUCAAUAGAACCCCUUCGACAUUCUUAGCUCUCUUCAUAAAUGUGUGCCAUUGUGCGCCACUUUUUCCUGUUUA